UGAAAGCAGGGCGUGCCUCUGUGAUGCUUGGUUUGCUUCCCACACAGUGAGAGGAAAACCUUCCUGAGCCUGCCCAGCAAACCUCCCUGUGCCCCUGCCAGAGUGAAGCUUCACAGUCCCCAGGGCUCCGUUCAGGACACACAGAAACCUCCUGCACCUUGGUGAUGGCACAAAGGGACUGUUUGCUUCCUUGUAGCCUGCAUGGCUGCCAAGAAGGAAGGCAGAGGUAGAGCACGUGGGCCUGCGGCUCUCCUGGGAGCUUUGGAGCUCAGACCAUCGAGUCAAACCCUUUCCAGAGCCUGAGGACAGGCUCCUCUGAACCAGUGAUCUUGAGGCAUGAGCGAGAGAUCUUUCUCUGUUGGGACCGAGAACAAACUACGAGAUGGACAGGUGGAAAGUGUCUCUGCUGGGCACUCCUCAUUGUACAAGGACAGUGGCGCACUCAUGGCUUUCAGAGGAGUUCCGAUCUCAGAGCUGAAGAACCAUGGCAUUCUGCAGGCCCUGACCACAGAAACCAGUGGAUGGCAGCCAGGUGUUGUAAACCUGGAGGUGCUCAGAGCCCAGGAAGAAUGGGAAGUGGUGGACACCAUCCAUCCAGACACAGAGAGUGGGGUCAGCUCCCAGCAGCCUGGCCAGCUCAUCUCCUUCAGCGAGGCUCUGCAGCACUUCCAGACCCUGGACCUCUCCUCCUUCAAGAAAAGAAUCCAGCCAACUAUUCGAAGGACUGGGCUCGCCGCCCUCCGGCAUUGCCUCUUUGGGCCACCAAAGCUGCACCUGGACCUUCGGGAAGAAAGAGACUUGGUCCUCACCAUUGCUCAGUGUGGCCUGGACAGCCAAGACCCAGUGCAUGGCCGAGUGCUGCGGACCAUCUACAAGAAGCUGACUGGCUCCAAGUUCGACUGUGCCCUUCAUGGAGAUCACUGGGAAGACCUGGGCUUUCAGGGAGCAAAUCCAGCUACAGACCUGAGAGGGGCAGGCUUCCUUGCCCUCCUGCAUCUGCUGUAUCUGGUAAUGGACUCAAAGACAUUGCUGAUGGCCCAGGAGAUCUUCCGCCUGUCUCAUCACCACAUCCAGCAAUUCCCUUUCUGUUUGAUGUCUGUGAACAUCACCCGCAUUGCCAUCCAGGCCCUGAGGGAAGAGUGUCUCUCCAGGGAAUGUAACCGGCGACAGAAGGUCAUCCCAGUGGUGAAUAGCUUCUAUGCAGCCACCUUCCUUCACCUGGCACGCGUGUGGAGGGUCCAGCAGAGGACUAUCUCAGACUCAGGCUUUGUCCUCAAAGACUUGGAAGUAUUGGCCAAGAAGAGCCCCAAACGGCUGCUCAAGACGCUGGACGUUUACCUAGCCCAGGUGUCAAAGGGACAGGCCUCCUUGUUGGUGGCACAGAAGUGCUCUGGAUCCCGAGGGCCUCACGCCAGGGACCUCACCUUCACAGGUGUCUGUGAUGUGCAGUCUCACUCAUCCGAGAGCGCGGGGUUGAUCUGACCCACCCUGGAGACCAGGGUUGAUCUGACCCACCCUGGAGACCAGGGUUGACCUGACCCACCCCAGAGAGUAGACCAGGGUUGAUCUGACCCACCCCAGAGAGUAGACCAGGGUUGACCUGACCCAUCCCGGAGACCAGGGUUGAUCUGACCCACCCCGG